UAUAUUGUAUGCAUAAUUUGGUUUAUAUAAUUGUACAAUGAGUGACCUAUUUAUAUAAUUGAGGUCCACUACAUAUAAAGGAAAUAUAAUAAUUCUAGUUGCAAUAGAGAUACUUAUUGGGAGGAGAAUGAGCCUAACAGUAGAAAGCAUUCCAAAUUUUCCUAUAUAAACUCCAACAACACAACCAAAGAGCACUACAAAAUCUGAAACCUCCCAUACCAAACCACUAUCAACAAAAAUUUUCAAUGGUUAACCAUUGCAAAACAGGCCAAAAUGGCCUAAAACAACAAGAUGUUGUUGUGGUGAUGGUGCCACUCCCUGCACAAGGCCACCUGAACCAGCUUCUCCAACUGUCUCGUCUGGUCUCCUCUUACAACAUUCCAGUCCACUACGUUGGCACCACCACACACACCUCUCAGGCGAAGCACCGGGUGCAAGGAUGGGAUCUUCUGGCUGCCACCAACAUCUAUUUCCACAGCUUCAAAAUCCCUCCACAUCAAACACCAUCCCCUGCUGACUCCAAUUUAUCAAACAGGUUCCCUUCUUACUGGCUUCCUGCUUUCAAUGCCUCGUUGAACCUUACUGAGCCCGUUUCGAAGCUUCUACAUGCACUUUCGAUCAUGUCCAGAAGAGUGAUUGUCAUCCAUGAUUCUCUAAUGGCAUCUGUGGUUCAAGAAGUUGGUGUGAUUUCAAAUGCAGAGUCAUAUACUUUCCACAGUGUGUCAGCUUUCACUAUUUUCCUCUACAUACUGGAACAAAUGGAGAAGAAACCAAUAGAGUACUCAAAUGUAUUGAUCCCUGAUGAGAUUCCAUCUCUUGAGGGAUGCUUCUCUUUAGAGUUUGUUGAUUUCAUGAAAUCUCAAUAUAAGUACCACAAAAACAUUUCAGGCAAAGUAUACAACACUUGCAGAGUCAUAGAAGGAGAUUACAUGGAUUUGCUUGAGAGACAAAGCAAGGACAAAGGGAUUAAGCAUUGGGCAUUAGGACCAUUCAACCCAAUAAAGUUGAAUCCUGAGAAGAAAAGAUCAGAAAGUAGGCAUUCCUGCCUGGAAUGGCUUGAUAUACAGGACAAUAAUUCAGUGAUCUAUGUGUCAUUUGGGACAUCAACAUCAAUGAAUGAGCAGGAAAUCAGUGAGCUAGCUGGUGGGUUGAGGAAAAGCAAGCAAAAGUUCAUUUGGGUUUUGAGAGAUGCAAACAAGGGACAUGUUUUCAAUGAAGUUCGUGAUGUGGGAAGAGGUAAGCUCCCAAAAGGGUACGAGGAAUCGGUGAAAGAAAUAGGAUUAGUGGUGAGAGAUUGGGCACCCCAAUUGGAGAUUCUGGCACAUCCUGCAAUUGGUGGAUUCAUGAGUCACUGUGGGUGGAAUUCUUGCAUGGAAAGUAUCACCAUGGGAGUACCAAUAGCAGCCUGGCCUAUGCAUUCUGAUCAGCCAAGAAACACAGUACUCAUAACAAAACUACUCAAAAUUGGGAUUGUUGUCAAGGACUGGGAGAGAAGAGAGAAGCUUGUGACAUCAGGUAUAGUUGAAGGUGCUGUGAAGAGGCUAAUGGCUUCAAAAGAAGGGGAUGAAAUGAGGAAGAGAGCAGCAGAAUUAGGCAGCAAAGUGAGGCGCUCCACCGGCGAAGGUGGGGUUUCUCUCAGGGAAUUUGACUCAUUCAUUGCUCAUAUCACAAGUACUCGCAGAUAAGAAUGCACACAUGGGCAGAUAUGCAAGUACACCAGUAAAGCAAGAAUUUUUAAAGUCUACAGCUGGGAACUGACUCAUAAAGACACAAUUCUGCAAAGAAAGGGACAGCAUAUAAAUGGCAUGAACUAGUGCCGUGAACAAAUUGUAUCAUACAUUCCCAAUCAAAUGAAGGGAGACAAGAAGAUAGCACGAAAAGCAUACAUGUGCAAGUGGGGUUCCAUUACAUAAUUUAAUUUUUCCUUUUGAUUUAGCAGGGUUUGUGAAGAAGACUAGUGAAGGUUACUCCACAUACGCACAAUAUGAAAGACUAAGAACAGAGUCGUAAAACAAAUCCCAGAUCAGUUUGGCCACUGCUUGUAAUUAGCUUGUAACUUUGGCUUUAGUCCGUAUUCUUGCAAAUUAAAAUUCCCAAACUGGUGUGGAUUCAAUUCUUCAACUUUGAUAACAAAAACCAAUCAGAGAUUAUUGAAGA